CGUUCGGCUUUUCGCCCUCGACGUCGUGAGCAGCGGUGAAUCCGCGCGCGCACGCGCGCGUUUUUUUUCUCUCGGAGUAUCGUCGUCGUCGUAUAUGUUGGUGGCCGCGUCGUGCAUAGAAGGGGCGCCGCGGCCGGUCGUCCGUUGCUCGUCGGCGUGAGAUCGGCGCCUAGCGACUACGACGGCGGUCGGCGCGUGUGUGGAGCAGGCGACGAACCGGUGCUGUGUCCGCCGCACUGCGUGGGCCGCCCCCAUCGGCGGCGGCGACGACCACGACACCCGGGCCACCACGGUCACUACUGUGUGCUUCCUCGAGGCUGGAUUAUGCGGGGCUGACGGCGCUCUCCCAUGCCUCCACAGUGUGAAGUAUCGGGAGCGCCCGGCCUGCGGGCGACGUGGCGCCGCAGCUAGCGGCCGUUGGCGGCGAUGCGUCGGCACCGGAGCCCCUACCCGGGGUCCCGGCUGAGCGCGCUGCGCGGGGACCCCGGUCCAGGUGGUCCGCCGCGCAGGGACGACGACGACGGGCCCAGCCCGCCGCUCUGCUGCAGAGAUCGCUCCAAGUCACGCUCAAAGUCACGCUCCAAGUCCCGCUCCAAGUCCCGCUCACCGGAGUCCCAGCAGCAGCGGCCUUCGUCGUCGGCCAGCGCCCGUGGCGUGCUGAGCCUGGACCAGGAGGUUGGCUUGAGCGACGCGCUGCUCCUCGAGCCGCCCACCGAAGAGGCCUUCAUUGCCAACCUGCACCAGCGAUUCAAGAGGGACCUCAUAUACACCUACAUCGGCACCGUGGUGGUCUCUGUGAACCCGUACAAGAAGCUGGCCCUCUACUGCCCGGACGUGAUUCAGGCCUACGAGAAGUGCAGCAUGUUCGAGCUGCCUCCGCACAUCUAUGCACUAGCGGACAACGCAUACACGUCCUUAAAAGAUCGGAAUCAAGACCAGUGCGUCAUCAUCACCGGGGAGAGUGGCGCAGGAAAAACAGAGGCAAGCAAGCUGGUGAUGCAGUACGUGGCGGCCGUGUCUGGCCGGGACGAAGAGGUGGGCGCCAUCAAAGAGCACAUCUUGAGAAGCACGCCCGUCCUCGAAGCCUUCGGGAAUGCCAAGACGCACCGGAACGACAACUCCUCAAGAUUUGGCAAAUACAUUGAUAUAGAAUUCGACUUCAAAGGGGAUCCGGUCGGCGGAGUGAUUACAAAUUAUCUUCUUGAAAAGUCCAGGGUAAUCAGCCACACGCAGGGAGAGCGCAACUUCCAUUUUUUCUAUCAGUUAUUGAGUGGAGCCGAAGUUCACCUCUUAAAAAGCCUAAAGCUGCAAAGGAACACCGAAAACUAUUCCAUUCUCAAGCACAGCAGAUGUUCUCAAUUGGAAAGCAUGGAUGACAGAAGUUAUUUUGUGUUGACAAAGAGGUCGAUGGAGGCGCUGGGAUUGAGCCAGUCUGAAGUGCACGCCGUGUUCCAAGUGGUUGCCGUCGUGCUCAAGUUGGGAAACGUAGAGUUUCAACCGCGGGCGAACAUCGACGACACGGAAAGCUGCGCCCUCCUCAACGAGUAUGAGUUAUAUGAAAUUUGCGAGUUGCUCCGAGUGGACUUUGCAUUCCUCCAUUCUGCCUUGACCCAGAAGAUGGUGGAGACGAGGCACGACGUGGCCGUCACCGACCUCUCAGCCAAUGAAGCCACAUAUUCCAAGAAUGCCUUAUGCAAAGCUUUGUACAGCCGCCUAUUCACGUGGUUAGUAAGCCGAAUAAAUGAUAGCAUACGGGCGAAGCGCCUCGGAAAAAGAAAAUGUCUGGGGAUCCUGGACAUUUAUGGAUUUGAAGUUCUAGAGAAAAACUGCUUUGAACAGUUCGUUAUAAAUUAUUGCAACGAGAAGCUUGAGCAACUCUUCAUAGUUCUUACGCUGAAACAAGAGCAGGAGGAGUACAUACGUGAGGGUAUUCAAUGGGAGCACAUAGACUACUUUAACAAUGCAAUAAUUUGUGACCUCAUUGAAAAGAAUAACCACGGCAUCCUGGCGAUGCUGGAUGAAGAGUGCCUUCGACCGGGGCCCGCCACUGACGAGAGCUUUCUGUACAAGCUGACCAAGGUGUGCCAGGACAGCCCCUACUUCGAGAGCAAGGGAUGCAAGAACCUCACGGGGGCCGCCGACGUCUCGCUGCCGCCACAGUGCUUCCGUCUUAGGCAUUACGCCGGUGCUGUUACCUAUUCUGUUGUUGGUUUUAUUGAUAAAAACAAUGAUCAUCUCUACCGUGACCUGUCUCAAGCCAUGUACAGCUGCGAUCAUCCCCUGACGAAGGUUCUGUUUCCUGAAGGGAACCCAAAGCGCACGACGCUAAAGCGUCCAACAACGACUGCCACACAGUUCAAGAUUUCCAUUGGAGCACUUGUAAAAAAUUUGCAAGCGAAAACGCCAAACUACGUACGCUGCAUCAAGCCAAAUGAACUCAAGCAGCCGAUGAUCUUCGAGAUGGCACUGGUUCAGCAUCAAGUCCGGUAUCUCGGACUGUUGGAGAACCUGAGGGUGCGUCGCGCGGGGUUCGCCUUCAGGCAGGACUACGUGGAAUUUCUGGAGCGCUACAAGCUGCUCAGCGUUCGCACCUGGCCUCAGUGGACGGGCUUGCCCAUCGAAGGAGUCACGCUCCUGCUCCGAGAUCUGCCAAUCCACCCGUCGGAGUACGUCUUCGGUAGGACAAAGAUAUUCAUCAAGAGCCACCGGACGGUUUGUGAACUGGAGGAAUUUCGGCGCGAACGGUUGAACGAACUGGCUGUCCUCAUCCAGAAGACCUGGAGAGGAUACGUCAUGAGGGAGAGGUUCCUGCGCAUGCGCGAAAGUCAAGUCAUUCUGUCAAGCAACUACAAGUGCUGGAAGGCUCGUCGUGAGUUCUUGCGUAAGCGGCAAGCGGCGACCACCAUUGCUGCCUAUUAUAGAGGAUGGAAGGCAAGACAAGAGUUCGAGCGCCGGAAAAAUCUUGUGACGAGGGAGGAGUUCCACGGCGUCAGGCAGGCGAGGAAGCGGGAGUGUGCGGCGCGUGUCCUGGGCAGAUCCUACCGCCUCUAUAAGCGCCGGCGGUACCUGCUGUGGCUGGCGCGCAACUUGCCAUCGGACUCGCCGGCGGAUCGCUCGUGGCCUCCGGCGCCUCGGUUCCUGUUGCAGACCAGCCACCUGCUGAGGAAGUUGCACCACAAAUGGAGGUGUACGCGGUACAAGCAGAAACUCGAUCAAACUGCUCGAAACCGCAUGCGCGAGAAAAUGACUGCCAGCAUCAUCUUCAAAGACAACAAGGCCUCCUAUCCGAAAAGCGUGUCCCAUCCGUUCCGGGGUGACUAUGUACGGCUGCGCCAGAACGUGAAGUGGAAACGGCUAUCGGACGAAACGGGGGACCAGUACAUCGUCUUCGCGGACAUCAUCAGCAAGAUAACGAGGUCUAGCGGCAAGUGCGUACAGACUCUGUUCGUGGUGAGCACCAACGCGAUGCUGAUCAUGGACCAGCGGACCUUGCAGAUCAAGUACCGCAUUCCAGUGACCGACAUCUACAGGAUAUCGCUCAGUCCUUUCCUGGACGACAUCGCUGUCUUUCACAUACGCACGACUGAAGCGACAAGAAAGAAAGGAGAUUUCAUCUUCGAAACUGGCCACGUCAUCGAGAUCGUGACCAAGCUCUUUCUAGUCAUUCAAAACGCCACUGGGAAGACGCCGGAAGUCAACUUCUCGACAGAGUUCGAGGUGAACUUCGGCAAGGACACAGGGGUGCUCGCUUUCCGGUGCACUUCGAUGGGCGAUCACCACCCGGGGCAGAUCAGGAUCUACCGCAAGGGAAACCGGAUGGAAGUGUUGUUAUGAGGAUGACUUUCUUAGGGCACUUUUUUCCAAUUGCACUUCGAGGCGGAGGACGAGGGUUCUCUCGACAAGUAUCGGAGAGGGAGGGCGGAGGAUGCGUAGAACUCGCCAUGCACAGAAAGAACGCCGCUGUUCUGCUUAUCUGCCUGCGCGUUCGUAAGCAGAGGGUCGAUGCCUUUCGUUCCGGCGCGGCUCCGCCGUUCCACGUGCGCGCGGCCACGGAAGAAGAUGAACUACUGCCUUUCGAGAGCUGCCAAAUAUUCCUAUACGGCUGCCACACGCAGUUUUACUCCCUUUUAACGGGAUUCGAGAUGUGUACAUAGGUGCGUCCUUUGGCCGUCGGUGGUGGGACUUGAGUUUGUCGUGUCAUCGAAGAAGUUGAGUGAACGAGACACGCAUUUUUUGUUUGUUUAUGAAAUGAGAGCGAGAGAUGGAAGAGGUGUAACUAUGGUGGUUGGUACCUUCGGGAUAAUGGUUUCGAAAGCGCCGUUUUAAGUGAGACCGUGACACAUUCAUGAAGAAUGGGUGAAUACUCUAGAACGCUGGCACUAGAUACGAUGUUUCUUAUAAUCAGGCUUGCUGAAGUUGACUGAACUUAGAGGCAUUUUUCUGGAUCUCAAGAUGGAUGUCUGUACUUAAAGAAGGAUUUUGUCUGAACUUAAAGGGCACAGGCCAUGAAUUGGCGUUUUUCCAGUCAUAAAUGACCACCCUGUGGUCAUUGGUGCGUACGCCUAAGUAAGCGUGAAGGGGCCAUCCUGUGCAUUCAAACAAGAGAGUUGUUUAGUAGAAGGUGGAGGUUUGAAGAGGUGGAGGCCUUGCAGCAGACAAGACCACUUGUCGCAACGUUGGCUUCAGCGACCCGCCCCGUUCAAAAAUAUUCAUCUCAUCGUGUACAUUGGUGCUUGCGCCUAAAUAAGCGCGCUUAACUUAAGUAUUCGGCAUCUUCCAAAUUAAUACAUGAUACCGUGCCACUCGUAAACAACGACGUUUGUUCUCAACGGCAGCACUAUGUGUGCACGGGCUUCAACACUGGUCGGCAGUGACGUCAAAGUAGCUUCGGUGUCGUCAAAGUCACGUGACGCCGAAAGUUGUGGCGGUGGUGCCGAAGGAGUCUCACAUAAACCGAGGGGGGGUUGAUGACGAUAACAUAGAUGCGCUCUUUCUUGAGCGUUUAAUUGAAGCAUUCACGCAGCUUUAGCAAGCCCGGUUGUAAGAUACGUCAGCUUGCAAAGAGUUGCCAUUCCUGAGACCCUUUGGUGUUGUGUCUUUGACUCAUUGGAUAGCAACGGUUAUUGUCAUGAACGUAUGUGCAAUUUGCAAGCGGUGCCAAAGUUUCGGUGUCUGAAAUACGAGUGGUGUCUCGGGCAACGCCUUUUAAAACCAUUUCGCUUCCUUGACGACCAUUUCUUCUGAACUAUUGAUCUGUGUAUGCUUUUAUUCAUCCCCAUAUUUCCUUCCACGGUACAUUGCUUAUUUCAUAGGCCAUAGCUACUAGGGCAUCUAAUUUCUUGCAUGAGGAACGGGUGUAGUGCAGAUUUACGUCGACAUCUUUCGAGCGUAAGGUUCUGGACACACCAAUUAUAUUUUAUUUUCGUUUUCUUUUUUUUGUAGAAGAUUCACCUUGCUUCUAGUCGCCAACUUACUCUAUGCAUCAUAGCAAAUGCUUUCCAAGGCACAUUACAUAAGUUGGGAAGGCGCGCUUGAUUUUUUUUUUUAACACAUGGAUACAAAGUACAGCAAGCUCGUACUCAGGAGUGAAAAAAAAAAUCGAGCGGCGUUAAGCGAACAGUCUAUUGCAGUGAUUCUCAAACAUUUAUGAACAUCGCGGAUGGUUAGGCCUGCUGACAACUCGCGUCCGCACCUUCUGGAAAACGUUUUAUUUUUAUUUUUCGACGCGCAAACACGCUCAAGAAUGCAUGUAAAGUGAGAACCAGGAUCUGUAAAGUAAAUGUGCAGAAUGUAAUAUCAAUAAGGCGCAUAGUCCUGGCGUGAAGUGUCCUUCCUCCUAACCCUCUGGCUUGCUUGCCCUCGGAUAUCACUCACACUCUUCCUUUCACAAUGCAUUUCAUUUACUACAAUGCUGCAGUUCAGAACUGGUUUCUUAAAAUUGUCAAUUAAAAAGCACACACCCGGCAUCGUGAGGCUGCGGAGGAGAAAAAAUAGCUACGCAAAUCAGUCAUUGGACUGAAAUCGAACGAAAACAAUGUUGCAUUUACGUCAAUCCUCCCACUCCUCAUUGACGUCACUUCCAGCUUCGAUCACGUGACUUCCGGGUACAAAUUUCCAGCAUUACAUUUCCUUAAAGUUUCCAUGUACGCUUUUAAGCACCUCUCGUUGACAGCUUUCGAUCAUACAUUUCUCACUUCCGGUGUUUACUUGGUGUGCUUCAGGUUUACAUUUCACAUCAGGUUAGAGCCUAGCUGAGGAGAGCCUCUGCCAGAACCAAGUUGAAUUCGGUCUAAAAUUAACGUCGGCGAUAUUAAAGAUAUCACCAUACAGCACUACAAAAUGUGGGCGGAAUGCGCAAGAAGCCAUUUUUUUAUAAAGAAAAAGGAGAUAUAUGCAGGCGAAAAGCAGCCGGGUGUUGUCGGAGGUGGAAACAGCGAUGAACACCAUAUUCUUUGUGGCAUGCAUUUCGCCUUCUACAGAAGGUGCCACAGUACUGUAGAAGAACUGAAAGGCUGGAACAGUUGGUGACAGUUCUUGAACAUAAGCACAGCGCGGUUGCUCUGUGUUUCAAUAGUGCUCAAGAGGUGGCACAGUACUAUUCAUAUAGUAAAACUUACUGUUCGGUCCUGCGAUGCUGUAGACUUGUAGUUGUAACCUCUUUUUUUUUUUUUUGCUACAUUGACCAGGCAAAGUGUACCAUCCGAGCAGCGUUACCGAGAGUGCAGUUGCCUAGGAACAAGAGAUUGCAGCAGAGACCCCAAAUUGGCACCCUAAAAAUAGCGUCAAUGUAGAAGUGCCGCGGCGCUGUCUAGUACUGAAGUCAAGAAACUUGCAUUGAAUUGCAGUUUUAUAAACAGGUAAACACGCAAGAAUGAACCGGGAAUUUACAAACCAGCGUUUACGUGGAUUUUUGGAGAUAAUACCAAAUACGAGUGCAGCGUGCCAAUAACUUCCGAAAAAAAGAUUAUUGUAAUAACGAUGCAGCCGUCAUGCUCAAUUUAAUGGAGGCAUAGUCGCAAAUCCUGGUAAAUGACACUCCUUUGCCACGUUUUAAGCUUUACUGGGGCUAGUGAUGAAGAAGUACGCAGUUUACUUACUGCAGCUCUUUUCGAUGCGUUUUCUUGCCUAGAAAGUAUUGAACACAUCUUGAAGACGUCUUUCUUUAGACCGGUUUCUGAUUAUUUGACAGUGUUUUCCAGAAACCCCUUCGUAUCCGCGGCUCAGUGUUUGAGAAACACUGCUGUAAUUUGCGAGGGCGGUCGCGACCCGGGCAGUGUUGCCUGCCUCAUUUUGACAGGACGUUUCACGCAUACCGCGUGUAUUGCGGAAAAGUGGGAAUGUAAAGAGAUGUACUAGAAAACGCAUUCAUUGCUCAAAAUGGAGAAAAUAAAUAACAUGUGCGUAGCCUAACAAAGCGUGUAUUUAACAAUUUUUCCACUUUAUCUGUAAAUACAGCAUUUCACUUUAGGUAGACCUUGCGCCAUUUAUAAACAUUCAUGUGUGCUCGAAUUUGUGAGAGGAAAAGAGAUAGAAAAAGAAAGUUUCUUUCUCAAACACAUCGCCGUGCUCGCAGCAACUCUGUUGCGAGUAUUCUUUUCUUAAAAAAAAAAACAAUCGUCAUAAAUAAAAGUGCGUUUUUCACUAAACCAUUGUAAAUAUUUCACACAAACAUAACAGUGAGAGUCAAUAAAAAUGUUGAACAUAUUAAACUAGACGGUCAUUCGUUUCAUGAAGUGAGAGAGGAAAAAAAAAAUAAUCGUAUACCCGCAAGUAGUAGUUGAGAAGUUUUUUUUUUGUGGCGCGUUCAAAUAUUUAGACGUUUUAGGCAGCCAUGUUGGCGUGUGGUGUCAUUUCGAUUAGUUCUCGUCGUAUGAGUUGUUUGUUCAUAAGCAGUAAGGGAAAUGACCCUACAUUUUCAGCCGAGGACAGUUCUACGAGGCCUAGCCUGAACAAAAUGAAAGAGCAAAAGAAUUCGCUUUUUUUUGCAAAUGGUAUUAAAACACGUUUUUCUUCUCCACUACCUCGUUGGUUCGCACAGGUCAUGACAAAGUGUUGACUUAGCAGCAUUUGAUAACGAUGUGUCGCAGUUGCAAACUUUAACGACAUUUGCUUUUCAGUGGUGAUUGGCCAUGAAAUGUGUAGCGGGAUAAGAGUAUUACCAUGACACUUUUUUGUGCAUAUGCGUGACUUUAUCAUAAAUAAGACAAGCGCACAGGUGCAAAAUGAUAUGCACGGUUUUGUAAUCAGCGGUUUUACAUUAUAUAUGUCUAAAUUUUUAUGUUUUUUUUUUAACGCUUCACGCUCAUCGAUGACACAAGUGCUGCAUUAAAUGAGUACAUCCCAACUCUAAAAGAAGGAUGGUCGUAUUUGGUGUGACACAUAGGUUAAUGCAAAUACAAUAUUAACUGCAUUUUUUAGAUAUGUACAUCAUUUGGCAGUUCAUUCGGAACUCGCAUUCAGAUGCGACGGAACUCUAGAAACACUUAUUCUGUUCUCAUGGCCUGAAUGUGGAUGCUUUCUUGGAACUAAUAGGUCUUCUGUCUUAGUUUUUUUUUUUUUUUGUGGUGCAAGCUCUCACGCACAUCGGUGUUCGUUUUCUCAGAUUAGUCAACAUCCAACGGAUACUGUGUGUUGACAAUCUUAUCUAACGCAGGUGUUAAAUGGUGCCAACUUUCACUGCCAGAUGCACUGUUGUAUACGAUGCGAAACUGAUUGCUUAUUUCUGUGACUAAAGCGUUUUCAUUGAAAGGUACGUUUUCAUCAGACUGUCGAACUCUGAAUGUGUACCAGAAUACGAUAUACUUUGCGUGCCUUAGUUCUAUGACGCCUUUUGCAUUACUGCGACAAUUUAUUACGUCAGAGAUCAUAGGCGUGCGCAGGCUUCGCCAUUGGAGGGCGCUGUGGGUGGGGGAGAGUUCUCCACGUCCCCUCCCCCCCCCCCCACUCCCUUCCUUACCCGUUGGUAAAGUCUGAAAGAAACCAAACCAUUCUAAAGAUUACUUGCUACGCAAUGAAUGCAAAAAUUAAAACGUAACAAUGACGCCCUUCUCGCAACGGCCUGCCUUUGGUCACCGGCUCUCCGGGGGUAAAGAGAGAAAGUGGUGAGUUCUUAGAAUGCACCAUCAGGGGUGUUCGGCCAUCAUUAUCGUCAAAAACCUGCAUGGCCAUAACCCCCACCUUUAAACAACUACAGGACGUGUCCGACUGAAUAAAGGUAUGGGGCAGACAUGGCGCCCUCCCCUCCCCCCCAUCUGCCCCCGUGCGCACGCCUAUGUCAGAGACUGAGGACACUAUUUGUUAAGGAACAAAUUUUCGAGAGAAUAGCUAUCAGCGUUACGGGCUUGGCGGUAUCCGCAUCAUGAAGGCCUCAUUAGAAACUCGCCGGAAAUCGAAACCACGCGCGUUAUUACAUAAGAGGCAAUGAACAAGCCUGUAACUACAACUCGGUUUAUUAGGUGCCCUUGAUUCGUUACCGAGGCGGAGAUUUCAUCGUCACAAGUGCGAGGUAGUCCUUGUUUGUCGUAGGAGCUCUAGGUAAAUACACCAGGCGCCUUUUAAGAGGAAUUGCUUCGUGAGUUUGGCUAGGAUACAGGCAGUCUUCUAGUUGUUGUUUCUUCUCGUGACAGGGCAGUUGUUGGAGGUUAGAUAUUAUACGAUAAAUAGUGAUUUGUACAGCGAAAUAGUCUCUGAGAAGCCUCUAUAAAUAUUUAUAUAUAUAUACGCAUAAACGCACCUCUCACUUCGUCUCAAGUCUUAGGCAUGUGUACUUGAAUGAAUGGAUUUUCGGUCGUCCAGCGAAGAAAAAAAAAGAAACACUGGAAUGCUCGUCGUCAUGUUUUUUGUUUUUGUUUCCUUUAACAGUUUAGGUGUUCUCUACAAAUUAAAAGAGAAAACUACGGCACCCGAAACUUCGUUCAUGUGUAAUUAGUCUUUCAAACUGUACAGUAAAGUAGACUCCACGAGUUUUCGCGGAAAACAGCCUUACAUUAAGGCUGUUGAGUUACGUGCUUUUACGUUCGUUCCCACACGUGAGUGUUUUUUUUUUUGUUCAUUUCACAGCUGCCACCGUAUAGUGGUGAAAUCUGAGCACUGUGCCGGUUACGUACGGUAUGUUCAGUACUUUGUGUCAAAAAUGACCACUUUCCUUUCUUGUUUUGUUACAGUGCUAGCACUGAUCGUUCGCAGCCUCUGUGUGUUUGCUUUGUAUGAUUGAGAGUGCGUUUAGAAGAUAAAAAAAAAAGUGAUCAACUUUGUCUGUUUUCAUGUCUCAAAUAGGUUUCUGUUAGAGGAAGCAAGACGCACACAGGGCGGUACCGACGCCCUUUGCUUAGUGCGCGGAAUAAAUCUGUGUGCUACAAUAAGACGUGUACAUUACGCACUACAGUCAGCGCAGUGGCGCAAGGUGUUCUGUACAGGUGUAGUUGACAUACUACAGACAAUGCUGCCUGCGUUCGUUGAGCCAUAGAAAGUAAUAAGAAGGAAGAAGAAGAUAAACAACUCAUCACGAUAUAUGGCACUGAACGUUUAUAUAUGCUGAACUGUUUUUCAUACUGAUUUUUAUAAUAAAACGAAAUACGAAACGUUGA